UACGAUUGUGCAUCGUCAUGGUUCGGUCCAUGGGACGUGACAGCCUCUACUGCCCAUUUGGCUAAAUUGCGUUCUGUAGCACCUGAAUUUUGUACUGACCACAUGGCAAUCAAGCGGAGAACCAUUGAUAUGCGAUGUCGAUGUGAAAGUCCAAGUUGUACAGGAUUUGCACAUAUGAAAUGCCAGAGGAAGUUCUCUACCGAGUGUUGCUUGAAGAGUCCUUUUUAUUGUGAAUUCCAUAAACGAAGAGAUCGUCCGCAAGAGCAUCGUCAGCCUGGUGCUUCUGAGACGUGCGGACCUCCCGGUCUACCCAUCAGAAUGGACAAUUAUUCUGGAUUAGGCGAUUCUUCCUUAGGACAAUCUCUUCAAGCACAGAAACGUGGGCGAUACUCCGUCGCCUCUUCCUCGACUCCAACAGAGAAGCGGUAUACAUUUCGGGAUGGAGUGUUGGUGGAACUAUCAUCGACCAACGAAUCAGAAUCUCAUGCAGGUCGAGGAGCACCGCCUGUGUCGAGAAAACGUAGACAUCCAGCAAUCGAGGCUGCUUUACAAUCGCCACCAGCUCGUGCGGUACGUGAAUGGUCCGCAGUUCCCACAUCAGCUGAAAGGACUGAGUCAGUCGCUACGACAUCCGAUGAGGGUGGUCAUGUUCAAUUUGUUAGUCCUUAUCCGGAAUCUUCGCACUCUCCGACACCAAGUCCUACUCCGUCGGCUUGUUAUGAGGUUGAAAUCAGUCCCGAUGAAUCAUCAUCGACUCAAUCUCUAACACAUGAGAGAAGUUCCUGCGUUUUGGAUGCAUCGCAAAGUAAUAGAAGAAGCUCUCCUCACUCCCAAAGUCAGAACAGCGAAAAAAAUGCAAAUGAAAAUGGUUGGGAUUCACCUGAAAUAUCGCUUAAGCCUCGUGUUGUACCUUCGCGUGAUCAUCCGUACGAGAGAACAUCGAAAACUAGCCGAUCCAUUAGUCCAACAACAAGGUCGUUUAUAACGGACUCUUUGGCAAGGAAGUCAGAAAAAACGACUGUAACGGUGCGACAAACCUAUACGGCUAAAGCUGUCCCAACUUCGUCGAAAGCAGGAACAACUUCUUUAGCUUCUAACGGAUCGAGGCCUGUUUAUAGGUUAGCAGCUGUUCCAAGAUCUGCGUCGCACGUUCAUCCUUUCGAUGCCGAAUUAAUGGCGGAAGAGAAAACCGUUGAUCUUCUAAAAGGCAAAGGCGAAGGUUUGCAUGAAACAGGGCAAACUGCAGUAGUUACUUCCACAAGUGUUCCUCGUCGAGUGUAUGUUGUUAAGGCUGCUACUUCACAGGCUGUAGAAGCCACUCAAAAAGCGUCCAGUCAGUGA